ACGGGACUGACAAGAUGGCAGCCGGAAUACCAAUGGCUCAGGUGGCCGGGUCCAAGACAUCAGUCUACUGCGCCAACUUUGCACGAGACCAGGAGACCAUUGUCCCUCGCGACCCCGAGUACCAGUCCCAGUACCAAUCCACGGCUACCGGCUACGCGCUGCUGUCCAACCGCAUCAGCCACUUCUGCCAUCUCAAGGGGCCCUCCCUGACGCCCGAGGCCAUCGGCAUCGUUUUGGACAACUCCAACUUUUUGUCAAAGGAUGGCCGCUGCUUUAGUUUUGAUCACCGCGCUAACGGCUACGGUCGUGGUGAGGGUUUCGGUUUUGUUUUGAUUAAGAAGCUGACUGAUGCUAUCCGCGAUGGCGACUGCAUCCGUGCCGUCAUCUGUGGCACGGGAACCAACCAGGACGGCCAGACGCCCAGCAUCACACAGCCCGGGCCGGACGCCCAGUGCGCCCUGAUCAGGGACACGUACGAGCGCGCCGGGCUGGGCUUCGAGCAGACCCAGUUCAUGGAGGCCCACGGCACCGGCACGUUGGUCGCUGACCCGAUCGAGGCCGGCGCGAUCGGGGAGACGUUCAGGCCGUCCAGGAAGGAGCCGUUGUACAUUGGCUCGGUCAAGUUCAACAUCGGACACCUGGAGGACGCCACUGGUCUUGCGGGCUUGAUCAAGAUCGUGCUGGCGCUGGAGAAGGGCGUCAUCCCUCCCAACGCCGAUUUCGAGAAGGUGAACCCGGCCCUGGAUCUCGAUGGCUUGAAGCUGAGGAUCCCCACCAAGGCGGUGCCGUGACCUGCCGAGGGUCUGAGGCGGGCGUCGGACAGCUCCUUUGGCUACGGUGGCUCGAACGCGCACGCCACCCUGGAUGAUGCGUACAACUUUCUUAAGGCGAGGGGGUUGGACGGCAUUCACAACGCGGUUGACAAUUGCCGGGAGCACCACCAUCUCGGGAACGGUC